AUGGCACAAUUUUUUCAUUCAUAUCCAAAGUAUCAUGGAAAUAAUUUUACUCGAUAUACAAAUGAGUAUGAAAUGCAAAAACAAUGUACACAAUAUAUUAAUGAACAAUUAAAACAACAACGAAAUAAAUGUUCUCAUGUAACAUCGUACAGUUUAUCAUCUGAAUUAAAAUUACCAGUUCCAUUUCAAACUAUAACAUCAAUUCAUAAAACAUUAUCAUCAUCUUAUUUAACAAAAUCAACAGAUACAUCAUUACCAAUUGGCUUAUUAUCUCAUUCUGAUUCAUUAAAUAAUCAUAAACAUUUUCAACUUUUUUCUAAUCAUGUACAAACAGCACAAGUAGCUAGCAAUGAUAAUAUUUAUUUUCAUGUAAUACCUUCAGCUAGUACGUUAGCUGGUACAAUUGUUCCUCUUCCUCCAUCAUCAUCAACACCAACUGCGACAACAACAUUAACCACAUAUAAUACCUUUGAUCAACAAUCGAGUCGUACAAUGGCUUGUUUUCAUAAAAAUCUUGGACGUAAUGGUCUGAGAGUGUCCCAAUUUGGACUUGGCACAUGGGUAACAUUUGGUGGACAAAUAUCUGAUGAUGCGGCAGAGGAACUGAUUACUACUGCUUAUGAGAAUGGAAUUAAUUUAUUUGAUACAGCAGAAGUGUAUGCUGCCGGAAAAGCAGAGAUAACGUUAGGAAAAGUAUUAAAAAAGAAAAAAUGGCGUCGUUCUAGUUACAUUGUUUGUACGAAGCUUUACUGGGGUGGAAAGGCUGAAACUGAAAAAGGACUAUCUCGAAAACAUAUAAUCGAAGGUCUGCGCGCCAGUCUCGAGAGAUUGCAAUUAGAAUAUGUUGAUAUUGUAUUUGCUAACAAACCUGAUCCCACUGUGCCAAUGGAAGAGAUUGUUCGAUCAUUCACUCAAGUGAUAAAUAUGAAUAUGACAUUUUAUUGGGGUACCUCGCGUUGGUCUCCAAUGGAAAUAAUGGAAGCCUAUUCUGUUGCAAGACAAUUCAAUCUGAUACCACCAAUAUGUGAACAAGCUGAAUAUCAUUUAUUUCAACGUGAUAAAGUUGAAGUUCAUCUACCAGAAAUUUUUAGUAAAAUAGGUAUUGGAACAAUGACCUGGAGUCCGUUGGCAUGUGGUCUGUUAUCAGGAAAAUAUGAUGAUGGUGUACCAUUACACUCUCGAGCAGCAUUAAAAGGUUAUGGUUGGUUAAAAGAUAAAAUUUUAAAUGAAGAAGGACGAAAACAGCAAGAAAAAUUACGUGAAUUAGCACUAAUUGCUUCCAAAUUGGAUUGUACCCUAGCACAGCUGGCCAUUGCCUGGUGUCUGAAAAAUGAAAAUGUUCACUGUGUUUUGUUGGGUGUAUCAUCUGUCGAACAAUUAUAUGAAAAUUUAAAUUCUAUACAGAGACUUUCAAAUAUCGUCAUGCGUUGUCACUAUGACGUUCUGGGUGUCACAGAAACAGCUAAUAAUGCUGAAUUGACAAAAGCCUAUCGAAAAUUAGCAUUACAAUGGCAUCCAGAUAAAAAUUUAGAUCAAAUUCAAGAAGCUAAAAAACGUUUUCUGGAAAUUCAAGCUGCUUAUGAGGUACUGACAGAUCCACGUGAACGAGCUUGGUAUGAUCAGCAUCGUGAUGUUAUGCUCAAAAGAGGUGAUGGUGGAGAUUACCAAGAUGAUGUAAUAAACAUUUAUCCAUUUUUCACCGCCUCUUGUUAUCAAGGAUAUAAUGAUAGUGAAAACGGUUUUUAUACAGUCUAUGAUAAUUUAUUUAAACGUAUUACUGAACAAGAUUUAUCUAGUAAUUCAACAGAUAAAGUGAUCGAUAUACCCUGUUUUGGCAAAUCAGAUAGUGAUUAUGAACAGGCAAUUGGUCCAUUUUAUGCCUAUUGGACAAAUUAUUGUACAUUACGUAGUUACGUAUGGGUAGAAGAACAUGAUACGCGUGAUGCGACAGAUAGACGUGUUCGAAGACUUAUGGAACAAGAAAAUAAGAAAGCACGUGAUAAAGCAAAAAAGGAACGUAACGAUGAAAUUCGAGAACUGGUUGCAUUUGUUAAGAAACGAGACAAACGUGUACAAAUGAGAAAGCUUUUAUUGGAAGAACGUGCACAAGAAAAGAAAAAAGCUGAUAAUGAACGAAAAAAUAAAGAGAAAAAGAAAAAACUCGAAUUAUUAUUUUUCUAUUUAAGUGAAUUAUCACAAUAUCAAGAAUCACAAUGGAUGUCAUUUGAAGAAUUUAGAAAACAACUAGAAGAUGUUGAAAAAAAGUGUCAAAGAAAGUUUCAAAGACAAAGAUACUAUGCAUCGGCAGUUGAUCAAACUAAUGAGGCAAAUUCAAAUGAAAGUGAAAAUGAAGAACUUAUAAAUGAAUUAUAUUGUGUAGCGUGUAAUAAAUCGUUUAAAUCUGAUAAAGCAUUUUUAAAUCAUGAAAAUUCGAAAAAACACAAAGAGAGUGUUGAGUUACUGAAAGCUCAUAUGCAAGCAGAAAAUGAUGUACUGUUGAAUACUGAAGAUAAUAAUAAUCCAGUGAAUGAUGAUGAUGAUGAUAAUGUUGAGAAUCUCCUUACAAAAAUAAUUCAGGCAUCAAACAGUGGAAAACAAAGUAAAUCAAAAAAGAAGAAAAAGAAACAACGGCGCAAUAAAAAAUCUGACGAUGAAAGUGAUGAUGAAACAGAACAAAUUCGACAAGACUUAGAAAGCGAAUUAAAUGAUCAAAUAUCAAAUGAAAUUCAUUCGUCAAACAAAGAAGAAGAUGAAGAAUUUCAUAUUAUAUUGCCAGUUGCUCCAGAUGAAAAAAUCAAAACAAAAACAAAAUUGACGACAAGCAGUCGACAAAAUGGCAAUAAUGAAAUUGAUGAAGAGCCCACAAAUAUUAUCCAUCAAUGUUUGAUAUGUAAAGAAGAAUUUUCAACUAGAAAUCGUCUAUUUGAUCAUAUUAAAGAGAAAAAUCAUGCAAAAGUAAUCGAAAAUACUACUGAAACUUCUGUGAAAAAGAAUAAAAAGAAGAAAAAAUAA